AUGGCUACAAAACGUGGCGAAAAACGAAAUAUUGAUGAUAACGAAAGAAUCUCAAGAUGUAAUACUGAGAAGAGUAGUGAAGCCAAGAAACGAAUAAGAUUAUCAGACGAUAACGUCGAAGAAAAACUAUUAAGAACCAAUUCGCAGAUAAUUUCUAAGCUUGAAGUUCUUAUCACCAGACAAAAAAAUCUCAAAACCCGUCUCUCGAGCAUAAAAAAAAAGCUCAAAGAUAAUAACAAAAAUAAUAAUAAUACAAUAGAUCUGGAGUAUGUAAAGGAGCUCGUUAAGAAGGUGUCGAAAAUUUUAUUUGAAAAUUUUGUUUAUCCUUCGCAAGACGAGUACAAACUCGCUACCGAAAAAUAUUUAAAAGACGAAAAUCCGGAAUUUAUGCGCCAGUUCAAAAAAAAUCAAUGGAUUAUUUUUUUCGAAAAAAAAAUUGCCCCGACUUUAGUACAACAAGUCAACAACAUAGAAGCAUACGAGAAACGUUCACGUCUAGAGUCAAAGACGUUAUGUAUUCUGUUUUCAAAGCGACUGGGCAUAAAUUACCGUCUAUUAACACUCAGGCUAGUCCAUCAAAGAUUCAGGAAUGGAAGACAAAAGUUGGAAAAUAGGGAUAAAUUUACACAUUCGGACGACGAUUCUCAUGAUGGUAAUGAUGUAGAUGAUAGUGGUAAUAGAGCAGCUGAUGAUAGAGCAGGUGCGGCUGACGAUGGUGCGACUAACGAUGGUAGGCCUAACGAUGGUACGGCUAACGAUGGUGCGGCCAACGAUGAUGCGGCCAAUGAUGGCAUAGCUGAUGAUGAUAUACUUUCUAUUGACUCUUAUAACACAGAGGAGGAAGGUCGGUAUGUAAAUAGUUUAUUAAAGAAUUAUGGGUUGCAUAGGAAAUAA